AUGCAAGUUCGGAUCGGACUGAUGAUCGCGCCAGUGAAGCUCGUCUUCGCGCUCCUCGUAGCCGCCAUGGCACAUGAGGACGACGUCGAUUCCAACCUUAUGCAGUUGGCCGCGGUGGGCCAGACGCAGCUUGUGACGAACAAGAGUUCCGUCACGUGCUACUUUACAAUCGACAACUAUGUAUACGGUGUAUAUUUGGGCAGCACUGCCCUCAGCACCAGCGGAAAUUGGGGCGUCUGGGAGGCAACCAAGACUGUCACGUUCACCCCUGAUGGGAAUUACUUGACAAUCUCUGGUAACGACAUGGAGGGGACUAUGUGCACGACUGGUGGUUUCGCUAUCGAGUGCACCAAUGGCGUGAAUGGGAAUUCAGGCUGGCAGGUUUACAGCAGCGGCAGCACCAUUGAUUACAGUCACCAAACGGGUGGUGGGAGUUCGUGGGGCUCUCCUUCCAGUUCGGCAAGCGGUUUUUAUUUGCCCUACAAGUCAGGGUCGCCCAAAAUCGGAGGUUGCUCGCAGCACGGAGCUUAUCGGUACAACUUCGGGGGGGGGACACCCAACCCGACGCCCUACCCAACGCCUUUCCCGACGGCCUACCCGACGCCAUUCCCGACGGCCUACCCGACGCCGUUCCCGACGCCUUUCCCGACGGCCUACCCGACGCCAUUCCCGACGGCCUACCCGACGCCGUUCCCGACGCCUUUCCCGACGGCCUACCCGACGCUUUUCCCGACGGCCUACCCGACGCCGUUCCCGACGGCCUUCCCGACGCCUUUCCCGACGCCCAGCCCGACGCCCAGCCCGACAGCCUCCCCUACGGCAUACCCGACGACCUUCCCGACGCCCACCCGACGCCCAGCCCGACAGCCUCCCCCACAGCAUACCCGACGACCUUCCCGACGCCCAGCCCGACGCCCAGCCCGACGUAUCCCCAGGGUUGGCCGACGCCGCAGCCGACGUUUCCCCCCACGGCUCCCGCAGCCGGGUCCGCUGGAGGCGUGGCUGCCACUGGCGACCCCCACCUCCAAAACGUUCAUGGCGAGCGGUUCGAUCUGA